GACCGACCCAUCACUACUCUACCGCUCUGCUUCGAUCUAACAAAAGCCCCACUUAUGCCAUAACUAUUUUAGCAGCGUUAGAGAAAAAACAGUACUGAAAAAAUCCUACGGGCUAGCGGACCAAAAAAACAAAAAUUACCACAAGUUUAUCAAUCUCGGCGAUCCAUCUAUUUUUCUGCCUGAAAGCGGCCCAUUUAUACUGGAAAAAAUACCUGUAGUUGGGAGGAUGCAGAUGUCCAGCCCGAUUGACCUCGGACCUUGGACCAUUCGGAUUUUGUUAACGAUUUGAAAGAUUCUUGGUUUGUUCAACCGCCUGCCCCGUCGGGUCGUUCCGCUUCCAUUAUGGUGUACGAGCUGUCGCAAAACACAAGGGGGGCAUCAAUCAGGAAGUAAAAUACCAAGCUACCAGCUGGCAUGUUUUAACACCUUUUUUGUGAUUCUAAAUGAAGAUUCAGUCCAUAAAUCACCUCUGCUAAGACGUGAACACACAUGCCUCUGAAGACUGAUCUCUGAUAUGUAUUGAAUAUGUCAUGCUCCCCACCAAAUAAACACUUUGCGUUGUUGCCUUGUUAUACAAGCACUGAGGCCUUGUAGUCACCAUGCGAAUUAGUUUCUGCCAGGCACUGCUGACAGGAGCCAUUGUGCUGAACUUGCUUAUAUUAUAUUAUGUAUCACAGACCCAGCAGCAAAUAAUUGAGAAACGCCAUGUGCAGAGCAAGGGCUUUAAAAAGGCCUUCUUAACAUCGGGCCCAGAGUUUGCAGGGGGAGUAAUAGAGGACAUUGUGACUACGGACAACAAAACAAAAGACCAAAAGGGAAGAAUGCAGAUUUCUCGCAUGACUGUCAUCCUACGUGAAUUUGAAGAAUUUGAAAACUAUGUGUGCAAUGUGGCUCGCUCCUUUUUACGUCAGAUGCCAAGAUUGCCAUUCCUGGUUGUGGUAGAGACUCAGCCCUAUCCCCCUUUGACUUUGCCAGCGAAUGCACGUUUGCUGAGUUUGUCCCCUAGCCCAGAACAGCCUCCUCAAACACAUCAGCCAGAGUUCAACGUACAGUCUGAGUUUGUACUCCUGGUGCCUGAUGGUGUGGAGUUAGAACACAAACAACAUCUUAAUAAGCUUGUCCAAGAACUUGAGGCCCAAAGAGGUAAUAUGGUACGCUUGGUUGCAGUCCCAGUGCUGUCCCAUGCUGCUGUCAAGUGCUUGGAUCUGCAGGUGAGCCUAAAAACAUGGACAGCCACAUACUCCUUUGCAGCAUCUGGGAGCGGUGCCACCUUGUGCACAGCUCUGUAUGGUGAUGUUGUCAUCCUUAUUCGAACUGAGGACCUCUUCAGCCUCUCAUUCCCACUGGCACGCCCUCUGUUAUCUGCUUUGUUUAUACAGACUGCAUUGCGCGGCUGGAAAGUAAAGCUAUUAGAUCAACCCUCAUUUGCAGCCAGCCACCGACCUCUUUUUAGUUCAGCACACAAUCAGUGGAAAGCAGACAUUCAUCUUAAGGAGGCUAUGGGGCAGCUGAUGAGAAGCUUUGGUCUAAAGCACUUAAUACGGCCUGAUGGAAAGGAUCAGUGGUUUGGGUGCAGCAAAAAGACAGCUCGAUGCUUUGGCACAGUGCUUAAUGACACACCACAGUACCUUUACUUGGACCGCUGGACCCCACCUUGCUGUUUGCGUGCACUCCGAGAAACUACAAAGUAUGUCAUCAACAUUUUGGAGAAUUCUGGUGUACGCUAUUGGUUGGAAGGGGGAAGUCUUUUAGGAGCAGUCAGACAUCAAGAUGUCAUACCUUGGGACUAUGAUGUUGAUUUUGGUAUUUACUUGGAGGAUGUGCCCAAGUGUGAAACCUUGAAGAACCUGGAUUCAGGAUCACUUGUUGAUGUAAAUGGGUAUGUGUGGGAACGAGCAGUAGAGGGAAACUUCUAUCGUGUCCAGUAUAGUGAAACUAACCAUAUGCAUGUUGAUCUUUGGCCUUUCUAUCCAAAGAAUGGAGUCAUGACCAAAGAUACAUGGACUGGCCAUAAGCAGGAUAUGGAGUUCCCUGAGCACUUCCUGCAGCCACUGGUACGAAUGCCAUUUGCUGGCGUCCUUGCUUAUGGACCCAACAACCCCCGCUCCUUUCUAGAGCUUAAAUUUGGUGAAGGGGUCAUUAAUAACCCUCAGUAUCCUAACCCUAUAAAGAAAAAACUUGAUAAAGGUUUAUUGUAAGUCAUACUUAGAUGUGCAUUAACAAUGUGUAAACUUUCUGUUAAUGUAGUUUCAAAGUGAUAUAUUAAUAAAUCUUGGCCAGUUGUUAUCAGUUGUUGACACAAAUGGUAUUAU